AAACACACUGUCUACUUUGAGCUUAGCCAAGUAAUAUGGCAACUUCACAAUUUGUAAAUUGUUGUUUCUUGAUUUCAUUGAUCUUCUUUGCAUUUGCUUCAAACCAUGCAAAUGGGAAAGAACUCAAAGUAGGUUUUUACCACAAAAAAUGUCCUCAUCUCGAGUUGAUAGUGAAGGAAGUUAUUGAUGAUGUUAUUUCCAGAGUCCCAAGUCUCGCUGCUCCUUUGCUGAGAAUGCACUUUCACGAUUGUUUCGUUAGGGGUUGUGAUGGCUCGGUUCUGUUGGAUUCCCCAACUAAACAAGCUGAGAAGGAUGCAAUUCCAAAUUUAAGCCUUAGAGGAUUUCAAAUUAUUGAUAAAGUGAAGACUGCAGUAGAAAAAUCCUGCCCUGGGAUAGUUUCCUGUGCCGAUAUUGUUGCCCUAGUAGCUAGAGAUGUCACAGUUGCGGUCAAGGGACCAUUCUGGGAAGUUGAAACUGGGAGAAGAGAUGGAAGGGUCUCAAAUAUUACUGAAGCCUUAUUUAAUUUAAUUCCUCCAUUUGCAAAUAUAACAUCAUUGAAACAAGGAUUCUUGCAAAGGGGAUUAAGUGUCAAGGACCUAGUAGUAUUAUCAGGUUCUCACACAAUUGGAAUAUCUCAUUGCUCAUCAUUCAACAAUCGUCUAUACAACUUCACUGGGAAAGGAGAUACAGAUCCUUCUUUGGAUCCAAACUAUAUAAAAAGAUUGAAAAUGAAAUGUUCUCCAACUGACCAAAACUCCAUUGUAGAGAUGGAUCCAGGAAGUGUUAGAACAUUUGAUACAUCUUACUAUAAUCUUGUAGCAAAAAGAAGAGGACUUUUUACGUCCGAUUCUGCUUUGCUUGAUGAUAAAGAAACCAAAGGUUAUCUCAAAGAACAAGCACUUAACCAUGGUUCAACAUUUUUUAAGGAUUUUGGUGAAUCUAUGGUUAAAAUGGGAAGGAUUCAAGUACUCACUGGUACUCAAGGUGAAAUUAGAAAAGUGUGUUCAAAGAUCAACUAAAAAAAGCAAAAUUAUUGCAUGUCUAGUGGGGUUUUUUUCUCUUGAUUUUUGAGAAUUGUUUCUAUUUUUUCUUUGAUUAUUUGAGUAAUAUAUUUGUCCUUCAAACAUAUGAGAGUUUAGUGGUUCUUUUGUUGAAGUUAUGAAAAUAAUUUGUUGUGUGAGAAAAGUGGAAACUUUGAUAUUUUUGUUCUAAUUUAUUGAUGAUAUGUUUAUGAA